AUGUACUUGCACUGUACUGGGAAGGACAGCACCGGUCUCCUCGCGUCAGCCAUCCUCAUGCUUCUCGGAGCGCGCGACGAGAAAAUCGUCGCCGACUACGCCCUGACCGAGGUCAGAAUGCAGCCGGUGAUGCCCACGCUCACCGCCCGGUUCCACAACGACACCGGCUUCAGCGAGAACAUGACAGGGCUGCAAAGCAUGAGCGUUUCGAAGCCACAGACAUGCAAGCUAUCUUGGAGAUGA